CCCAAAAUCUUGUAAGACAAGAAAGAGAAGUAGAGGGUGUUGGGUUGGCUUGUGAUUGGUGAAGAAGUGCUUUUCCUUUAUGGAGAACGAGAUUCAAUUACAACUACAACAACCUCAGGUUUUGAUGAGAACCAGAUCCAGAUCCAGGUUCAAACGUGUCUGUGUUUUCUGUGGAAGCAGUCCUGGAAAGAAGAUCAAUUAUCAGGUCUCAGCAAUACAACUUGGGAAUGAACUGGUUGAAAGGAAUAUCGACUUGGUUUAUGGGGGAGGCAGCGUUGGUCUGAUGGGUCAAGUCUCCCAAGCAGUUUACGAUGGUGGUCGCCACGUGUUAGGGGUAAUCCCCAAGACCCUCAUGCCUAAAGAGAUAAUUGGAGAAACUAUUGGGGAAGUGAGAGUUGUGUCCGAUAUGCACCAGAGAAAAGCUGAAAUGGCUCGCCAGGCCGACGCUUUCAUCGCCUUGCCUGGUGGAUAUGGGACAUUAGAAGAACUUCUGGAAGUAAUCACUUGGGCUCAGUUGGGAAUACAUGAAAAACCGGUAGGGUUGUUGAACGUUGAUGGUUACUACAACUCGCUCUUAUCUUUCAUAGACAAAGCAGUGGACGAAGGCUUUAUUACACCAGCAGCCAGACAAAUUGUUGUUUCUGCGCCCACUGCCAAAGAACUUAUGUCUAAGCUUGAGGAAUACACGCCCAAGCACAAUGGAGUUGCAUCUAAGCUAAGUUGGGAGAUGGAGCAACAAUUGGGAUACUCAACGAAGUCGUACAUUGGCCGUUGAUCGAACUUAAUUACAUACCCUCUCCCUCCUUGGACUAAAGCUCGUAUAUCACAUGUGAAACUCUCUAUAUAUGUGAUUUUGCAUGCAUAGUUUAGGUAUGGUCCCAAGUAAGACCUUAGAUAGACAUUUUUUAAGGCAAAAAUCCAUGUACCCAACCCAUUUAGGUGAGAUUUUUUCCCCCUUGUGGUGUGCUCCUUUCCUUUUAUUUUUACUUUUCUUCUGUUGUCUUUGAUUAGAUUCAUGUAUCCAAUCCCAUUUAGUUGGCAUAAGGUUGAGUUGUUGUCUCCAUAGACAAUUUUAUGUAUAAGAUGUGGUUCCACACUACAAAAGCUGAUACGUAUAUACACACACACACAAUCCUUUUAGGCCAUUUUUCACUUAAUCUUCCUUUCCUAUCUAUAUCUAUCUAUAGAGUAUAUGUACAUAUAUAUGUGCAUAUAUGGCGAGUCAUUCAAAAUGAAAAAUAGAGACUUGGAAAGUCUAGGGUAAGGUAAAAUGUUUAAUAAAAUUUUUAUU